CUCCAUAGCUACAGCGCGCUUCCGGUGGGUGAGCUGCGAAGCCAGCCACUCCCCUGUCACAUGACAUGUUUGUUCUGGAAGAGUGGGGAGUGAGUGUGCGAAACAGGAACAGCUACCCCGGCCCCCGCUGGAAGAGGAACGACAACCAGCAAGGAGGGAAGCGGAGAGCGGAUACCUGGCCAUGGGUUCCAAAACCAGAAAAGCCGCGGCUCCGAGGGGCUCGCGAACACUGCCUUUCUCCGUGCUAGCCUGCCUGCUGCUGGCGUCUCUGUGUUCGUGCGGCGCGGACGACAGUGCCAUGGAAGACAUUGUGACAGAGAAACAGGCUGAGGCGAGCCACAGGCAGGACAGCGCCAAUCUCUUAAUUUUCAUCAUGCUCCUGACCCUUACCAUCCUCACCAUCUGGCUUUUCAAACACCGCCGCUUCAGGUUUCUGCACGAAACCGGCCUGGCUAUGAUCUACGGUUUGCUGGUGGGCGUGGUGCUGCGCUAUGGAAUCCACGUGCCCCGGGACGUCAGCAACGUGACGCUCAGCUGCCACGUGAACUCCAGCCCUGCCACGCUGCUGGUGAACAUGAGCGGCAAGUUCUAUGAGUACACACUGAAGGGAGAGAUCAACCCCAAGGAGGUGAACGAUGUGCAGGACAACGAGAUGCUCCGCAAGGUGACCUUUGACCCCGAAGUGUUCUUUAACAUUCUGCUCCCUCCUAUUAUAUUCAAUGCGGGAUACAGUCUCAAAAGGAGGCAUUUCUUCAGGAAUCUGGGAUCUAUUCUCGCCUAUGCUUUUAUUGGAACCAUCCUGUCCUGUUUUGUUAUUGGGUCGAUUAUGUAUGGGUGUGUAAUGCUCAUGAAUUGGGUCGGUCAGCUGGGAGGAGAUUUCUACUUCACAGACUGCCUGUUUUUUGGUGCCAUUGUAUCCGCCACUGACCCAGUGACGGUGCUGGCGAUAUUCCACGAGCUGCAGGUGGACGUGGAUCUGUAUGCGCUCCUCUUCGGAGAGAGUGUCCUGAACGACGCAGUGGCCAUCGUGCUGUCCUCGUCAAUCGUCGCUUACCAGCCAGCCGGAGACAACAACCACACCUUCGACGUGAGUGCCGUGUUCAAAUCCUUCGGGAUCUUCCUGGGAAUCUUCAGCGGCUCCUUCGCCUUGGGAGCGGCAACCGGAGUCAUGACUGCCUUGGUUACCAAGUUCACGAAGCUGCGGGAUUUCCCGCUGCUGGAGACGGCUCUCUUCUUCCUGAUGUCCUGGAGCACCUUCCUGCUGGCCGAGGCCUGCGGAUUCACAGGCGUGGUAGCUGUGCUGUUCUGUGGAAUCACUCAGGCUCAUUACACCUACAACAACCUGUCACCAGAGUCCCAGGACAGAACCAAGCAGUUAUUCGAAGUCCUGAAUUUCCUGGCUGAGAAUUUCAUUUUCUCCUACAUGGGCCUGACACUGUUCACUUUUCAGAACCACGUCUUCAAUCCCACUUUCAUCGUGGGGGCUUUUCUGGCUAUUUUCCUGGGGAGAGCCGCCAACAUCUACCCGCUGUCCUUCCUGCUGAACCUGGGCCGGAGGAACAAGAUCGGAUCCAACUUCCAGCACAUGAUGAUGUUUGCAGGUCUGCGUGGAGCCAUGACGUUCGCGCUGUCUAUCCGGGACACGGCCACCUACGCCAGGCAGAUGAUGUUCAGCACCACCCUGCUCAUCGUCUUCUUCACUGUUUGGGUGUUCGGGGGCGGCACCACACAGAUGCUGUCCUGGCUCAGGAUCCGGGUUGGAGUGGAUUCGGAUCACGACCAUUCUGUACACACUGAAAAUAUCGUGGCGGACGGAGGGGCUCGUCAAAGCACCAAACAGGAGAGUGCCUGGCUGUUCAGAAUGUGGUACAACUUCGACCACAAUUAUCUGAAGCCCAUCCUGACUCAUAGCGGGCCCCCGCUCACUGCCACCCUGCCCUCCUGCUGCGGGCCCCUGGCACGGUGUCUUACCAGCAUUCAGGCCUAUGAGAACCAGGAGCAGCUGAAGGACGAUGAUUCGGACCUGAUCCUGAACGACGGUGACAUCAGCCUGACGUUCGGGGACUCCACCGUCACCACGGACUCGUCCGCCUCGGGCAUGUCUCGCCGGCAGGGGCCUGUGGGCUCCGACGAGGCUCUGGACCACGAGCUGGCAUUCGGGGACCACGAGCUGGUGAUCCGUGGCACCCGGCUGGUGCUGCCCAUGGACGACUCGGAGCCCCCCCUCACCCUCCCUGACGGGGGGGCAGCCUCGCGCCGCCACAGGCUGUGAGCCCGGGACCCCCCCUCCCCUCGCUCUGCAGACAGAGACAGACACACAGCCCCACAAACACCUCUCUCUCUCUCUCCUUUCCUUUUGUAAAAGUUGUUGUGCCGUUGCUUCUGUCUGCCCAUCCAUGCUCAGCCAGUGUCUCAUCUGUUGUGCCGCAGCGUAAAAAAACGAAAACGAACAUGCAUGCGUGUCCCUCGAAUGUGUAGAAACAAAGUUCAGAAUAUUUUUUAUAUAUAUAUGUAUAAAUAUAACAAAGUGUACACCUUUUUUUCUUUAUUUUCUUGGGUGUGUCUGUUGGGGUUUACUGAUGGUGACUGCAACAGCACUUAAAAGGUGGUGUGUCUGAUUAUUAACAUUUUCUAUUUCUUUUUUAAUACAUUUUAUCAGAUGCUAUUGGGCUGUGUUCUUACCUUGCUGUAUGCCUGUGCAAGCUGUCUGCUAAAACGAGAUCGCGGUAAUAGAAUAGAGCAGGAUUCGGUAAUGGCAAAGACAGCCGCCCUUGCCUGAGGCUGCCAUGUGAGGUCAUUGUGCACCAUGGUGCUGGAAACUACUGCAGUAACUGUCCCCAGCGGGAGUACUGUAUAGGAAACACAACUUCUCACUAUCCGUAUUUACUGUGCAAAAGUGUUUUCGUUCAUGUUCCAGUGAUUUUUAUGUGGCAUCUUAGAGAGUCCCCCUUCCCAGGACUUUGCGCUGUACUCUGGAACUUUGUAAAAAUGCGCUUUCUAGAAAAAUGAGUUUGUCAUUGAGAGUCUGGCUGGUGUACAAUCUCUGUAAAGUAAUAUUCUGAAUUGCAGAAUGGAAGCGAGCUGCUCAGUGUUGUUGAAGGUGAACGAUGCGCAGAGGGCAGUAGCGUUGCCUGGGAGGGGUGAUGUCCCCGGCUCUGUGGUUUGGGAGGCCUGUGAUGUCGUAUCUGCAGCCGCUGUGCUUUCUGCUCACUCCUCAGCGAUUGGCAUGCUGUGUUUUGUCAAAUCCGCUUAAUAACGUUGUCGUGUUUUGUGACUGUGCGCUAAAAGAAAAGAAUGAACAGAUAGAGAGUGUGGAUAAAAAGCAGCAGUGGAAAUAAGACUCCCGUUGCAUAGAAGUUCAACCCGUUCCUGGUUUUACUAUUGAGUUUUCACACCUGCACUUGUUUCCUAUACACUGUGGCUAAUCAAGCUCGUGGUAAAAUCUGGAAUGUGUGAAACUGCUGUGCAACAGGAGUCUUAUUUAUGUCUGUGAAAAGGAGCAGAGUCCUGUAUGAAGAAAUAGGGUGGUGAGAGAGCGAUGAAGAGGAGAGAGAGCAUUUUUAACCCGUCCAUGGGCACAAGCACACUACUAGUUAGUGACAGUUGUGUGUUGAGUGUUACCUGCUCAUGCAAAGUGUGCAGUGAUUGCUCAGCAGGUGUAGGACUGCUCUGCUGAUUCACCUGCGGAUCCUCGCACUAUGAAAAGCGCUUUGUUGAAAUGCUGUGGUUCUCAACUCCACGUCCUGGAGGGAUUUUAAAUCUGCAUUUCUUUCCACUUCCAAGGAAAUAGUUAUUCUAUUUCAGUCAUGUUAAAAACAAGUCGUGUUUUUAUAAUAAAAACGAUAAAAAUACAAAACACAGCCUCAAGAAACAGGAGUUGAAUGACUUUGCUCUCACACGUGAUGGCUGGGUUAACAAAGUGAGAGCUUAAACCGCAUUCUUUUUUUAUUAUUAUAAUGGUUCUCAUUUUAUGAAGUAAUAAAUAUGUAUUCUAUUGAAGCUGAAAUCAUGAAGGGUCCGGAAAGUGUAGCUCAAAAUAGCCCUGAGCAGCCAAAGAAUACUGAAAACAGGAACAAACCCUCCCAGCCCAGCUAUCGCAGGAAGCUGCAUCAGUAUUUUCCUGCUGAUGAAUAAAUUAAAAAAAGAAAGUGACUUCACAGCAGUGCCUGCAUCCUGCAAGCUGCCUGACAGGGCUGUGAAUGGCACCGAGUAUCCCCUAGCAGCCACUGACAUCUUUAUCUCCUGCCGUGCAGGAACUUCAUAAGGAUGUUCUUUUUUUUAAAAGACGCUUUGUGCAUCUUAACCAUAACUAGUGUGUAGAAAGCAUUUUGUCUGUAUAUUUUGAAUUAUUUAAUACUUUUUUUUUGGGGGGGUGGGGGUUGUUGUAAAACUUGACGUAGUAUUGAAGCUGCUGUAGUCGGCUGGCCUUGUAAGGUGUGUACGUGCCGGGGUGUUUGAAAGCUAGUCACCUGGAAUUCACUGGUGGUUAUGUCCUGGUUUGUUCCACCCCUCCUCACUGGGGUUCUACCAUUUCUCAGUUUUAGAUGGUUUUAAAGUUUGCUCACGCCCACAGAAGGCAGUCUGGUUUCUUCACUGUGUUCCAGCAGCUCCCUGAAACCUCUGAUUCAGCACGAGCAAUCGGAACCCAAUACAAGUACUUUGAACCCCUAAGAACUUCACCUCCUCAGUGAUUGGGGGAAGAGUUCAACAUCUUCCUAAAACACCAGGCGGUUAACCUUUCAGUAGAGAUUGCAAAACAUGGGAAUAUUCUGGGUUUCAAAUGAUUUAACUGGUAUUGUUGACCUUUUGCUCUGCAGUAGGGGUGAAUGUACAGCUUCUCCAGAACUGGGUGUUUACUCUGAGCAUUAAGCAGUCCAGGUUUCACUGUGAAUCAAAGCCCCCCUGAGGUGUUAAUCUCCACUCCUUACCCAGUUCAUCUCAAGUGGAUGGAACUAAGACCCAGGACGGCUCAAAUUGCAAUGCAAAGAAGUCUUGUUUCCAAAUCUAGUAGCGAUUCGAUGGGUCAGGCGCCCGGGGUACAGAAGCUUCAGAACUAACGCAGUUUCUUUAUUUUACAAUCUGUCUGUUGAACAUUUUCUAUCCCGCAAAGUAUUCCUACACAUUAAUAUUAGACAUUCAAGAGGUGGGCUUUAAGAUACGGUGGAUCAGUGUUGGAUUUGACUGUGGGUUGUUUGAAUUGAAUUGAUAAUGUGCUUCUUGUUUAACAUGUUGCAUUUACUGACUUGUUUUCCACACUAACUGUAAAUAUAACGUCAUUGUUGAUGCGCAUGGAAUGAUGAAUAAAUAACCAUGCGUUUUGUUUAAAAUGCUGGUGCUGUUUACUGUGAA